UUUUGCGUAAACUUUUACUAACAAAUAAAAACGACAUUCUGAAAAAAUUAAGUUUAUAAUACUACGUUCAUGCUUUCAAGCUAAUGCUUUGUGUGAUAAGGUCGCCAUUUAACAUAAAUAAUAAAAGUAAGGUCACGAAUCAAACAUUUAUAGAUAAGCAAUAUAAAAUAUUUUAAAAUUAUAAUAGUUUUAAUUUAAAUGCCAAUGCGAUAAUAUGUGUAAAGUUCGAUCGAUAUGUAAAGCUAAUCGUGCGGCCAAUGAAGUAACACAUGAAUGAAAUGGCACUGAUAAGCAUAAGUAACUUUCAUUGUAUCUUUUUCGUUAUUAUAACACAUGAGAGAUGUGAUCAUUUUUAUAACCCACUAAAAAAAUUAAAAUUGUAUUUAAGAUUGGAAAAACGAUUAAAAACUGUGAUUUAGAAAUAUUCAAAUUUUAAGAACGCCUGGAAGUAUUUGAACCAUCUCUUCCUCGUUUCAAAUUAAAGUUCUUCAGUUAGAAUAACAUCGACAGCAGCUCGAUUGUUUAAAUUCUCUCGCUUUUCUUGGACGUAAUAAAAUUAUACCGAAGUAUCUGUUAUUUUUAUACACGCAUCGUGAUCCAUUUGAAGCGCUUCCGCUCGAACCGGCUUCCACCUAUUACCUCCAUUGAGAAAAGAGAGUCCCCGGACGUUUUCUCGCAGAGGUCAGCAAGCCAAGGCUCCCAUGACGGACUAUGGACACCAGUGGUCGUCGUCGAAAAACGGGGCCUAAAGUGAGCGGCCUAUAAGAGCGAGCUUCAACAGAUGUUUGAUUCAGUGUAGUCAAUGUAACUCGUAAGGCGAGUUGGAUACAACAUUUAUUCGUGUGUGUGUGUCAGUCCGAUCUAUAAUAUUACUAUCUUGUGUGUACAUUUGUUUGUCGACAGUGCGUGUUGUUGAGCAUCGAAAUUAUCAGUUCUCUGUAUUUAUCACUUCCCAGAUAGCUGGGUAAUUGCUACUUAGACCCGGACAUUAGAGAGAGAUAGCUACGACGUUUAACGAGAAUCCCUAAAGUGCGUGAGAUAACCGCAUUGGAAUCGAGGUCGAGUCGAUGCUAGUCGAUAUAUCUCGCGAUCUGGUCACAAAGUAGCUGUUACAAUGUGUAAUAUUGAUUAUCAAUACGAUAAUGCGGAUUUGAAUAUUAUGAAAGUAUUCGUAGAAUCCGGAAAGAACGAUAAGCGUCAAAACGAAGGUCGAAGGAGCUUACUUUUAUGAAAAGAUUGCUAGAUACAUUCGGUUUCGAUAGUAUUUUCAUCGCCAGAUUGUCGGAAGAACCUGCUCAUUUUGCGAACCUAGAAUCGAAAUUUCGUUUUUUAUCAAGAAUUGUGAACACCUAUUCGCAUAAAAACAACGAAAUGCUCUGUAUUAUAAUCUGCAGAUUUAUAAUCUGCAGUAUGUAAAUUAGGCACCGUGACGUUCACGUGAAAGAGAAAUCGACGUCUUUUCUUCUUCGAUUGAAGUUUAGUCUUGGUGUAUAUGUGACAUAUUAAGCGAUGCGCUCGUAUAGAUCUGAUGACAAUUGCCGACGUUGCCUUCAACUUGAUCGAUUAUUCAAAAGGCUAUAUUACCUCUGGAAACACACGAUCCGACGCUAUUAGCCUUGUAGUUGGAAGUCAGAUAGCGCGCGCAUGGUCUACCUUAUGAUAUAAUCGAUAGCUAGAUACGCCACCUCAUGAUAGACAGUUUUGCUUCGUUAAUUCGACUUAGUCAUUGUGACAUCGUGGGGGAAUUAAUUGUCGUUUAUCCCUCCUUUGUAUCAUUCGUGUCUUCGCUCGUUACACGCGAAGCGAUAGAAGCUAUUGCCGAGAUUGCCGAAUGAGGAUCUCACCUCGUUUCUGCCCGGGUGUUUCCGAAGCAGCGAGAAACUGACGGACGGGAUAAGGCAAAGUUUCUACGGGAGUGCUUUACGCCGUGAAUUACGAUCCGUAGACGAGAGUGCAAUGUUCUCCGGGGAGAUGAAUGAGUCCACGACCCACGCGUGAAGUCGCAGCACCACGUGGCAUUCAUUGCCGGGCCAAGAGAGAGUUGUGUCAGAUCAAGAUUUCUUACGCUUCCCGAGAGAGGACAGAAUUAAAGUUUUAAGAGUUUCUUGGACUGCAUAAUGCGGAGCGGAAACUGCAGUAGGGUUGCGGUGCCAAACGUGACCAGAGCUUGUUGGUGAUAAAUGUAGUGAUCGAGACGCCAAUCUCGCGUAACGAGGAUAUUACCCGGAGAUUUGUGAGGAUUUCAGUUAUCGCAACUCAGUCGAAUUAAUAUGGCUGUUGAUUUGACGUAUAGUGAGGAAGGGCGUGCCAUGAUGAGUUACAAUUUAAUCGAGAAUCCAUCGGACAUGGAGAAUAACAAUAAUAACAAUGUGAAGAAAGAAAAGAACAUUUUAAAUAAGAAGGAAGAAACUGUACAAAAUUCAUCGAAUUCAAAAGGAGUGCUCGCACAGUUCUUGGUAACAGGUGCAGUAUUAUUGGUUGCGACCGGAGGCGGCAUGCCGAUUGGUUAUAGCGCCGUUAUGUUACCGCAGCUAUCAGAAGAAAACAGUACUUUGCAUAUAGAUCGCGAAACUGGAUCCUGGAUAGCUGCAGUACACAGUCUGGCAACUCCUGUCGGCUCUUUAUUAUCAGGACCGCUCCUCGAUGCAAUCGGUCGACGUGGCUGCCUUCAAAUGUCGGUAAUUCCUUUAUGUAUAGGAUGGUUAAUCAUCGGUUUGUCAAGGACCGUCACUCCUAUUUUAGUAGGAAGAGUCAUUUGCGGUGUGUCCGUAGGAUUCAUGGCAGUACCCGCUCAGGUACUGGUAGGAGAAACGGCUUAUCCAGCUCUUCGAGGCUUCCUGGUAGUUGGAUCGUUCGCUUCGUACUGCGCCGGAAUCUUGCUGGUUUAUGCUCUUGGCGCUUCUUUUAAUUGGGACGUCGUAGCCUUCUAUGCUAUCAUUCUGCCUGUCGCGGCCUUUGUCGCCCUUUGUUUGAUACCCGAAAGUCCCGCCUGGCUCAUUAAACGGAAGAAAAUUGAAGAAGCCAAGAAAGCUCUUUUGUGGCUCAGGGGUGGCGAUAUCGAGCAAAUGCUUAAGGAGGUAGAAUUGCUGGAGACAAAUAUAAAGGUCGAUCUCGCUAAAAAGACUGUAAAUACCACGUUUAUGAAGAAGAUCUCCUCGGCGAUGUCUACAAUUCGCGAUCCGGGCGUCCUGAAACCAUUAAUUAUUAUCAAUGUGUUCAACGCGUUUCAAUUAGCCAGCGGGACGUACAUUGUCAUCUUCUAUGCCGUUGAUAUGAUCAAAGAUAUAGGCGACAGUAACGUGGAUAAUUAUUUAGCGGCUGUAGUGACGGCAGCUAUCAGAUUUAUCUUCAGCAUUCUUUCUUGUGUUUUGUUACUUAAAAUGGGCAGACGACCCUUAGGCAUUGUUUCGGCGCUCGGCACAUGCUUGGCUUCGUUGAUCCUCGCGGGAUAUUUGAUUGUUAGAAAGGAGGGAUCUUCCUUAGAUGUCUACGUGCUGACCGUAUGUUUGCUGUUUUACGUUGGUGCAAAUACCUUGGGCCUUUUAACGCUUCCUGGACUGAUGGCCGGUGAACUGAUGCCGCUGAGAGCUCGUGGCAUUGGCGGCGGAUUCAUCUUUUUUGCCUUCAAUCUGUUUCUGUUCUUCCUGAUUAAAUGUUUUCCAUGGGUAAAUAGUAUAGUUGGUACUACGGGAGUCUUUAUUAUCUUCGGCAUCGCUUCUCUUUUGGAGGCAAUUUUCAUUUAUCUUGCUCUGCCAGAAACGAAGAAUUGUUCGCUUCAAGAGAUUGAAGAAUACUUUCAACAAAGUAACUUCUUGUGGAUAAAUAGAACACAAGCGAAGAGAAAAGACACACGCUUAUCUGCAAAAGCUGAAUCUGUUAGUUUAGUUCCUCUACCUGAGUAAAUAAGAAUAAUAUAUGAUUAGAAUUUUAUACGACUGCGAUAUUAUUUUUCUAUAAUAGACAUAAUUGAAUAUUUUUGUACUAUUUUAAGAUACCUCUAUGUCUAUAAGAAUAAAAAUAAGAUACCUCAAUAUUGCAUUGAUAUGCGGAAAUAUAUAUAAUUAGAUAAAUAAAAACUAAAGAAUAAUAA